AUGACAGAGCAGCAGAUCCAGCCCUUUGAAAGUGCGCUCAGAUGUUGGGGGGGAUUGAAGGGUCCGCUCGGGCCGAGGGAGGGGGCUGAGAAAACAGCAGAGCCCAGGAGGACAGAGAAAGAGAAGAAGACACGAGGACAGAGAAAGAGAAGAAGACAGGAGGACAGAGAAAGAGGAGAAGACACGAGGACAGAGAAAGAGAAGAAGACAGGAGGACAGAGAAAGAGGAGAAGACAGGAGGACAGAGAAAGAGAAGAAGACAGGAGGACAGAGAAAGAGGAGAAGACAGGAGGACAGAGAAAGAGAAGAAGACAGGAGGACAGAGAAAGAGGAGAAGACAGGAGGACAGAGAAAGAGGAGAAGACACGAGGACAGAGAAAGAGAAGAAGACAGGAGGACAGAGAAAGAGGAGAAGACACGAGGACAGAGAAAGAGAAGAAGACAGGAGGACAGAGAAAGAGGAGAAGACACGAGGACAGAGAAAGAGAAGAAGAGGAGGACAGAGAAAGAGGAGAAGACAGGAGGACAGAGAAAGAGAAGAAGACAGGAGGACAGAAGAAAGAGAAGAAGGACAGGAGGACAGAGAAAGAGAAGAAGACAGGAGGACAGAGAAAGAGGAGAAGACAGGAGGACAGAGAAAGAGGAGAAGACAGGAGGACAGAGAAAGAGAAGAAGACAGGAGGACAGAGAAAGAGGAGAAGACAGGAGGACAGAGAAAGAGAAGAAGACAGGAGGACAGAGAAAGAGGAGAAGACAGGAGGACAGAGAAAGAGAGAAGAAGACAGAAAGAGGACAGAGAAAGAGGAGAAGACAGGAGGACAGAGAAAGAGAAGAAGACAGGAGGACAGAGAAAGAGGAGAAGACAGGAGGACAGAGAAAGAGAAGAAGACAGGAGGACAGAGAAAGAGAAGAAGACAGGAGGACAGAGAAAGAGGAGAAGACAGGAGGACAGAGAAAGAGGAGAAGACAGGAGGACAGAGAAAGAGGAGAAGACAGGAGGACAGAGAAAGAGAAGAAGACAGGAGGACAGAGAAAGAGAAGAAGACAGGAGGACAGAGAAAGAGAAGAAGACAGGAGGACAGAGAAAGAGAAGAAGACAGGAGGACAGAGAAAGAGAAGAAGACAGGAGGACAGAGAAAGAGAAGAAGACAGGAGGACAGAGAAAGAGAGAAGAAGACAGGAGGACAGAGAAAGAGAAGAAGACAGGAGGACAGAGAAAGAGAAGAAGACAGGAGGACAGAGAAAGAGAAGAAGACAGGAGGACAGAGAAAGAGAAGAAGACAGGAGGACAGAGAAAGAGAAGAAGACAGGAGGACAGAGAAAGAGAAGAAGACAGGAGGACAGAGAAAGAGAAGAAGACAGGAGGACAGAGAAAGAGAAGAAGACAGGAGGACAGAGAAAGAGAAGAAGACAGGAGGACAGAGAAAGAGAGAAGACAGGAGGACAGAGAAAGAGAAGAAGACAGGAGGACAGAGAAAGAGAGAAGACAGGAGGACAGAGAAAGAGGAGAAGACAGGAGGACAGAGAAAGAGAAGAAGACAGGAGGACAGAGAAAGAGGAGAAGACAGGAGGACAGAGAAAGAGGAGAAGACAGGAGGACAGAGAAGAGGAAGAGAGGAGGAAGAGAAGAGAGAAGACAGGAGGACAGAGAAGAGAGAAGAAGACAGGAGGACAGAGAAAGAGGAGAAGACAGGAGGACAGAGAAAGAGGAGAAGACAGGAGGACAGAGAAAGAGAAGAAGACAGGAGGACAGAGAAAGAGAAGAAGACAGGAGGACAGAGAAAGAGAAGAAGACAGGAGGACAGAGAAAGAGAAGAAGACAGGAGGACAGAGAAAGAGAAGAAGACAGGAGGACAGAGAAAGAGGAGAAGACAGGAGGACAGAGAAAGAGAGGAGAAGGAGGACAGAAGACAGGACAGAGAAAGAGGAGAAGACAGGAGGACAGAGAAAGAGGAGAAGACAGGAGGACAGAGAAAGAGGAGAAGACACGAGGACAGAGAAAGAGGAGAAGACAGGAGGACAGAGAAAGAGAGAAGAAGACAGGAGGACAGAGAAAGAAGACAGGAGGACAGAGAAAGAGAAAGACAGAGAGGACAGAGAAAGAGAAGAAGACACGAGGACAGAGAAAGAGAAGAAGACAGAGGACAGAGAAAGAGAAGAAGACAGGAGGACAGAGAAAAGAGAAGAAGACAGGAGGACAGAGAAAGAGGAGAAGACAGAGACAGAGAAAGAGAAGAAGACAGGAGGACAGAGAAAGAGAAGAAGACAGGAGGACAGAGAAAGAGAAGAAGACAGGAGGACAGAGAAAGAGAAGAAGACAGGAGGACAGAGAAAGAGAAGAAGACAGGAGGACAGAGAAAGAGAAGAAGACAGGAGGACAGAGAAAGAGAAGAAGACAGGAGGACAGAGAAAGAGAAGAAGACAGGAGGACAGAGAAAGAGAAGAAGACAGGAGGACAGAGAAAGAGGAGAAGACACGAGGACAGAGAAAGAGAAGAAGACAGGAGGACAGAGAAAGAGGAGAAGACACGAGGACAGAGAAAGAGAAGAAGACAGGAGGACAGAGAAAGAGGAGAAGACAGGAGGACAGAGAAAGAGGAGAAGACAGGAGGACAGAGAAAGAGGAGAAGACACGAGGACAGAGAAAGAGGAGAAGACAGGAGGACGGAGAAAGAGAAGAAGACAGGAGGACAGAGAAAGAGGAGAAGACAGGAGGACAGAGAAAGAGAAGAAGACAGGAGGACAGAGAAAGAGGAGAAGACAGGAGGACAGAGAAAGAGAAGAAGACAGGAGGACAGAGAAAGAGAAGAAGACAGGAGGACAGAGAAAGAGAAGAAGACAGGAGGACAGAGAAAGAGAAGAAGACAGGAGGACAGAGAAAGAGAAGAAGACAGGAGGACAGAGAAAGAGGAGAAGACAGGAGGACAGAGAAAGAGGAGAAGACAGGAGGACAGAGAAAGAGGAGAAGACAGGAGGACAGAGAAAGAGAAGAAGACAGGAGGACAGAGAAAGAGGAGAAGACACGAGGACAGAGAAAGAGGAGAAGACAGGAGGACAGAGAAAGAGAAGAAGACAGGAGGACAGAGAAAGAGAAGAAGACAGGAGGACAGAGAAAGAGGAGAAGACAGGAGGACAGAGAAAGAGAAGAAGACACGAGGACAGAGAAAGAGAAGAAGACAGGAGGACAGAGAAAGAGAAGAAGACAGGAGGACAGAGAAAGAGGAGAAGACAGGAGGACAGAGAAAGAGAAGAAGACAGGAGGACAGAGAAAGAGAAGAAGACAGGAGGACAGAGAAAGAGAGAAGACAGGAGGACAGAGAAAGAGAAGAAGACAGGAGGAAAGAGAAAGAGAAGAGAAGACAGGAGGACAGAGAAAGAGAAGAAGACAGGAGGACAGAGAAAGAGAAGAAGACAGGAGGACAGAGAAAGAGAAGAAGACAGGAGGACAGAGAAAGAGAAGAAGACAGGAGGACAGAGAAAGAGAAGAAGACAGGAGGACAGAGAAAGAGGAGAAGACAGGAGGACGGAGAAAGAGGAGAAGACAGGAGGACGGAGAAAGAGAAGAAGACAGGAGGACGGAGAAAGAGGAGAAGACAGGAGGACAGAGAAAGAGGAGAAGACAGGAGGACAGAGAAAGAGGAGAAGACAGGAGGACAGAGAAAGAGAAGAAGACAGGAGGACGGAGAAAGAGGAGAAGACAGGAAGACAGAGAAAGAGGAGAAGACAGGAGGACAGAGAAAGAGGAGAAGACAGGAGGACAGAGAAAGAGGAGAAGAAGCCCACAAACGGACGAAGUGACAGAAGGCUUUCAUCGUGGGCCGCGCUGUCAUGGCGGAUGAUUUAUGGGCCGCUCAGGGACAAGCCGAGCCGCUCUGGAUCAGAAAUAUGA